AAAUGUUUCGGGUUUUCUGGCUUCAGUCAGUCAAGCUAACAUCUAGCUGGUAAGAUGUGAAGAUGGCGGAGCUUCAAAUGCUAUUGGAAGAGGAGAUUCCGGCUGGACGAGGCGCUUUACUUGACAGUUAUGCCAAUCUAGAAAGAGUCGCAGAAUACUGUGAGAGCAAUUAUAUACAGUCCCCUGAUAAACACAGGGCUUUGGAGGAGACCAAGAGCUACACCACCCAGUCCUUGGCGAGCGUCGCCUACCUGAUCAACACACUCGCCAACAAUGUGCUCCAGAUGCUCGACAUCCAGGCGUCCCAGCUGCGCCGCAUGGAGUCCUCCAUCAACCACAUCUCACAGACUGUGGACAUCCACAAGGAGAAGGUGGCCCGUCGGGAGAUCGGCAUCCUCACGACAAACAAAAACACCUCCCGCACACACAAGAUCAUUGCACCGGCCAAUCCCGAGAGGCCCGUACGCUACAUCCGCAAGCCCAUUGACUAUGGUGUGCUGGAUGACGUGGGCCAUGGCGUGAAGUGGUUGCUAAGGUUUAAGGUCAAUGCACAGAACAUGAAGGCAGGCGGGACGAUCCCGCGCACUGCAGCACCGACCCAGAAGCCCCCAAGCCCCCCUGGACCAGGGAAGGGCACUCUUGGGCGACACUCCCCCUACCGGACGCUCGAGCCGGUGCGUCCUCCCGUUAUCCCUAACGACUACGUGCCGAGCCCGACACGAAACACUGCCCCGGCCCUGCAGAGCCCGGCACGCACCGCAUCUGUUAAUCAGAGGACCCGCACUUACAGCAGUGGCAGCAGCGGCGGCAGCCACCCCAGCAGUCGCAGCAGCAGCCGGGAGAACAGUGGCAGCGGAAGCGUGGGCGUGCCCAUCGCCGUGCCAACCCCAGCCCCUCCCACAGCCUUCCCAGGUACCGCUCCUGCUCCUCCUAACCCUCCAAAGCCUCCUCCUCUUCCUCUUCCUCCUCUGCCUCCUCCACCCCUGCUCCCGCCCCGGCACCUGCACCUGCACCCCCUGCCCCCCCCCCCCACUCCUGAGCCCACCCCUUCCCUGCCCGCAGAGGGCCCACCCCCUGAAAUCCCCCCUCCCCCUCAGCUGCCCCCCUCAGCUCUCACGGCCACCAGCUCUGCUGCCCUUAGCACCCCCGCACAAGGUAACGGCCCUCAGUUCUACAGCAUGAACCGACCAAUGACACGGCAGACCACACCUAAUGUGGGCGGGUCUCUUCCCUACCGCCGCCCCCCAUCGGUGACUGGCCAGCCGAACCUUCCCCAGAAUCCGAAUCCCAACCCGGCCCAGAGCCAGAACCAACUUAAUGGAGGACCACAUUACCAGAACCAAGGUCCAGCAGUGGCUCCCCCUCCCCCCUCGAUUCUGCAGAUCACUCCUCAGCUUCCGCUGAUGGGCUUUGCCGCCAGGGUGCAGGAGACCAUCUCAGACGCGCCGCCACCCCCACCCCCCGCCGACGAGCCGGUGUUUGAGGAGACCCCCCCUCCGCCACCCCCAGAGGACUACGAGGAUGAGGAGGACGAGGAGGAAGAGUCUGCUGUGGUGGAGUACAGCGACCCCUACGCCGAGGAGGACCCGCCCUGGGCCCCGCGCAACUACCUGGAGAAAGUGGUGGCGAUCUAUGACUAUUCGCGUGAUAAGGAGGAUGAGCUGUCCUUCCAGGAGGGCGCCAUCAUCUACGUCAUCAAGAAGAAUGACGACGGCUGGUACGAGGGGGUCAUGAGUGGCACCACUGGCCUGUUCCCCGGCAACUACGUCGAGUCCAUCAUGCACUACGCUGACUGAGCCCCCGACACUCACACACACACCUCAAACAGCCCCCUCCACCCGAAAACACCUCCACCAUGUCCAUCUGCUGCCCACUGAGCCCCUACACACACACACACACACACACACACACACACACACACACACACACACACACACACACACAGAUAAACACUCCCUCUAUCCUCCUUAAUUCACAUUGCUGCUCCCACCAUACCAUCUGCUGCUUUUCAACACACACACAUACUCACACACACACUCUCAAAGUAGAGACAUGCAGAUGCAGAAAUUAUUUACAAAACACCCACAUCAUUUCCUUCAAUGAUUCAACACACACACACACACACACACACACACACACACACACACACACACACACACACACACACACAGAUAUGUAUGUACUCAGAGCUUUCCCAUCCCAACCUUAAGUUUUGAGUGAUGGAUAACUGGAAGAGACCGUGGAGGAGUGGAAAGGGUGAAGAGGAGAGAGACUUGACUUGGAGAAAAUGCUACAAACAUGUUUUGCCUGGGGAACUAUUUACCUGAAGUGAACUGUGAGAUUUAGUUAUUUCUCCAUUUUUUUUUUUUUCUUGUCUUAAACCGUGUACCCAUGAAGUGAAGGGUGUAUAGUAAAGACUGUGGUGUGUGUGUGUGUGUGUGUGUGUGUGUGUGUGUGUGUGUGUGUGUGUGUGUGUGUGUGUGUGUGUGUGUGUGUGUGUGUGUGUGUGUGUGUGUGUGUGUGCGUGUGCUUGGUGUGGUUGAAUGCGUUUGGAUAUCGGUAGUUGGAAAAAAAAAAAAAAAAAUCCAGAAUCUGAUUGACCAAACCUACAGGUCAUUAGGACUCUCUGGAGGACUUUUACUUUUUCCUCAGUUUGAACUCUUGUGUAUUUCUUUCUAUUUCCUCCUCUUUGAAAUAAGCUUGUUUGCUUCCUUAUUGCUUUGAGUCGGUGUGUGGAUUUGCGUGCUUUGUGAAGUGAGAAGUGUUGCUGUGAACUGAGGCCGAGGAA